GCACUUCGAACCAUAGGUAUAUAUUAAUAAAGAGAAAUGCGUUCAGAAAAUCUCAUUAUAAACAAUGAUUCCAAAUAAGAUUUUACAUAUAUUGUUAAUAACCGAAUUAAUUCUCCAUUAUUCAAGUGGACAACGCGACAAGAAGUUCUUCAGGAAAGAUUACAAAUAUUUAGAAGAUACGGAAAGUUUUUAUAAAAUUCACGUUAUAGCAAGGAGCUGGCAAGCUGCAAGGGAUACUUGCAAACUUGAAGGUGCGAGUUUGUUUUAUCCUGCAGAUGAGGGAGAAGCAAACACCAUAACUAAAAUGUGGACGAACGACCUGAUAUCCGUACAAAUAUUUAUUGGUAUUUCUUCAUUACUUGGCAACAGGGUCUUUGUUACAAUCGAUGGAUUAUCAAUAUCAGAUGUAUACCAUAAGUGGUUAAAAGGUGAACCAAACAAUUUGGGUGGCAAUGAAAAUUGUGUUGUAAUAAAGCGUGAUGGCAGCCUCAAUGACUGUUCAUGUAGUCUCCCACAUAAUUUCAUUUGCAAAAAAACUUUAGCGUCUCUGGAGUGGAAUUCUGCGUGUAACUUUCCAAAUACAGAUUAUACAUACUCGGAAACUUUAAACAGGUGCUACAAAUUUCACUUAACACCUAAAAACUGGAAUGAAGCAUAUGCCACGUGCAUCGCAGAACAAUCUUUCUUGGCGGUGAUAGAAAAUCAAGCAGAGGCUGAUUAUUUUGUAAAACUCAUCCGAGAAGCACCAAAACAUACGGUUCAAGUGAACUAUUCAAGAGGAACUGUGUUCUUGGGAUUUCAUAAUAUCGACGGAGAGUAUUGGAAAACUGUUAAUGGGGCGGCUUUAGAAGGAAUCGGCUACUCCAAAUGGGGCUACUUCUACGGAGACGAUAACGAGAAAUGUGGCUCUAUGUUCUAUAACGGUGAAUUAAACAAGAUGGGAUGUCAUCAUAAGUCUUUUUUCAUAUGUGAAUAUGAUAAGUUUACGAAUAUGACUAUUGAACCAAAUGAAAUUGUAUACUAAGCCGAAACUCAAUCAUUUAUUAAAACUGAAUAGCGUCGGCAACGCACACGUUGCAAAAUCCUUAGGCUAUAGUGACUGUUUACCAUCAAGCGGGCUGUAUGCUUGUUUGUCAUUUUGUGGUAUAUAAAAAAGAAAGAGGGAGACUUUGUACAAAAGUCGUUUGCUUGGGUACUUCUAUCACAUCCGUGUUUCAACCGUGAAGCAGUUGUGUUUGCAUAGCUAUGUUUCGAUUUAAAGGGUGAGAUAUGGCGUGAAUUUACAGAGUACAGAAGAAUAACACCUGAGCCCUCAGGAAUGGCAACACUUGAAGGGUAUCAAGAUGAAACAGUAUACUCUGUUACGCCCAUAGUACUGCUCAUGUCUAUAUGCGACAAUUACCUCUUUCCAUCAGGUGGGCCGUCAGCUUGUUUACCAUUCUAAGUUGUAUAAAGAAAAAAAGAAAAACAAGUUUAGACUUCAAUGGUUCAAAUAGCACGUUUUACAAUAUUGUACAAUUUUCACUUUUUUAAAUGUUGUAGGAUCGCACGUACUAUCCAUAAUCCAUGUAUAAUGAUAUACACUGAACGACUAUUUAAAUAAAACCACAAUUAAUGUACAUUAUGUAUAUAUUAUGACAUAAAUGA